AUGAAGCAAAACAAUUCCCAGGAGGGCUUUGUUCUCUUGGGCUUCUCUGACAAGCCCCAGUUAGAGACUGUGCUCUUUGUGUUUAUCUUGGUUUUCUACAUCUUAAACCUGGUGGGGAACAUGAUCAUCAUAUUAGUGUCCUGUCUCGACCCCAAACUGCACACCCCGAUGUACUUCUUCCUUUCCAAUCUGUCCUUUGUAGACCUCUCCUUGACCACUUGCAUUGCCCCACAAUUAUUGGUCACCAUGGGGGAAAAAGAUAAGACCAUGAGCUACAGUGGUUGUGUGGUCCAACUCUAUGUGUCAAUGGGUUUGGGAUCCACUGAGUGCAUUAUUUUGGCUGUCAUGGCCUAUGACCGCUAUGCAGCUGUCUGUCGCCCUCUCCACUAUGCAGUCAUCAUGCAUCCUCAACUCUGUCUGUCUCUGGCUGCCGUAGCAUGGCUCAGUGGUCUCAUUACCUCUCUGAUCCAAUGCUCUCUCACUAUACAGCUGCCUAGGUGUGGUCAUAACCAACUUGACCACAUCUGUUGUGAGGUGCCAGUGUUGAUCAGGCUGGCCUGUGUGGAUACUACCUUCAAUGAGGCUGAGCUUUUUGUAGCCAGUGUGGUCUUCCUUGUGGUACCUGUCUCUCUCAUCCUGGUCUCCUAUGGUUACAUUGGUCAGGCCAUAUUGAAGAUCAAAUCAGCAAGCGGCCGUCGCAAAGCAUUUGGGACUUGUUCUUCUCACUUGGUAGUUGUAAUCAUUUUCUAUGGGACCAUCAUCUUCAUGUAUCUACAGCCAGUUAAAAGCAGGUCCAAAGACCAGGGAAAGUUUGUCUCCCUCUUCUACACUGUGGUCACGCCUCUCUUGAAUCCCCUCAUUUAUACCCUAAGGAACAAGGAUGUAAAGGGGGGAUUAAGAAAGUUGGUACUAGGGAAGACUCUUGUGUCAGAUAAGUUAUGA